AUGACCGAUGAGACCACUAAAAAUGACCGCGAUGCCGGGAUCUCCUAUGAAGAAUUGGUGCCCACGAGUCGCUCCUCAGUGCUGCCCGUCGGCGGGGCUCAGCAUCAGCGCAAUCGCGUGGCUGUGCCACGAAUUCGCCAUGUCCUCGUAAACCACAAUUCGGUGGCGUCGGCCGCCAACACACCGUCAAAGCAGGCGUCAAUGUGGUCCCUCAUGUUCGAGCCGAAGACAUGCGAGCACUUUCUGCACAAACUCAAGGCGCACGCGGAUAAUUUCUAUACGGAUCUGCUGACCGAGUCGCGGGAGAAGCAGGCGGCCAUCCUGGAUGACAUAGCCGCACUCCGAGCCGAGGCCAGCGACCUCAACCGACUCCUCCAUGAGACGGUGGACAUUGGUCAGAGGCCCGACGAUGUGCAACUGAUCAUAUGGCAGCUGAAGCUGGACAAAAGCAUUGAGCAUCUGCGCGAGGAGCUCUCGAAACGUCGGGCGGAGAUCGGGGAGCUGCUGCUCCAGCAGGAGCAGCUCUGCGAAGAGCUGAGCGCACUGCCGCUCCCUCUACUGGCGGACCCGCUGCCCCUGCCCGAUGAGAUGGACGGCUUUCGCGACCAUCUCGACAACCUGCGCUCUCAGCGCGCAGUGCGCCAGACGGAGCUGGACCAGCUGCGCAAAGCCAUCAAGCAUGACAUGAAGAUGCUCGAGCAGAUGCCCCAGACCGAUGCAGAGGAUCGCCUACUGAACGAUCUGAGCCACAAUCUAACACCAGAGACACUAGAGCGGCUGCGGCAGAUGCGCAGCAGUUAUGCCGAGCAGAUCCAGGAGCUGCGCUCCAAAAUCCAUGACAUGCGCGAGAAGAUCUACGUGCUGUGGGAUCGCCUCCAGGAGACGGACGAGAGCGCCAUGCGACGAGUGCGCGAGUGCACCGAGAAUACGCAGCGCACCUAUGACAUCCUCCAUUCGGAGCUGCAGCGCUGCCAGGCACUGCGCAGCCAGAACCUCAAGACGUUCAUCGAGCAGCUGCGCGUCGAGAUAAGCAAGUGGUGGGAUCUAACGCUCAAGAGCCAGCAGGAGCGCAAGCGUUUCUCCAACUACUACAAUAAGUAUUACAACGAAGACCUGUUGGAGCUGCACGAGCUGGAGCUGGAUGAUCUGAAGAGCUUCUACACGUGCAACAAGGAGAUUUUCGAUCUGUGCGAGAGCCGUGCAGAACUUUGGUCCCGCAUGCAGGCUAUAGGGGCAAAGGCCAACGAGCCGAAUCGUUUCAACAAUCGUGGCGGCCAGUUCCUUAAAGGGGAAAAGGAACGCAAGGCCAUCACCUCGAAGCUGCCCAAGAUUGAGCAGCAGAUCACUGAACUGGUGCACGCCCAUGAGGUGCAAUCGCAUGGCCCGUAUCUGGUUUAUGGCGAGAACAUACUGGAGCUGAUGGCUGGCGAAUGGGAGAACUAUCGGCAGGCCAAGCAGAGCUCGGCCCGCAAGAAGGCUUCGCCCACCACGAGGACGGGCAGCAGCAGCAAAUUGAUGAUGCCACCGCCGACUGCCGGUUCAACGGCCCCUCGCACCUGUCAUAGAGAACGAAGUAUUGAUAAUGGCAUGGAAGAGGAUCUACCUUUGAACAUGUAG